GGCUUGGCCGGUUAGAGGCCGCUUUGGUCGUCGAAAGGCGAGGCGGAACUUCUAGGGCCAUGAGGAAGCUAGCCGCGGGCUUCUUUCUCUCACUCCUGAUGGUGCUGCUUGUGCCUCUCACACCUGCCCCAGGCCAGGAUUCGACUUUGGCCACCACUCCAGGCAGCCCUCUCUCUCCUACCGAAUAUGAACGCUUCUUCGCAUUGCUGACCCCAACCUGGAAGGCAGAGACUACCUGCCGUCUCCGUGCAACCCACGGCUGCCGGAACCCCACACUCGUCCAGCUGGAUCAAUAUGAAAACCACGGCUUAGUGCCUGACGGUGCUGUCUGCUCUGACCUUCCUUAUGCCUCCUGGUUUGAGUCCUUCUGCCAGUUUACUCAGUAUCGUUGUUCCAACCACGUCUAUUAUGCCAAGAGGGUCCGGUGCUCCCAGCCAGUCUCUAUUCUCUCACCUAACACUCUCAAGGAGGUGGAAGCUCUAGCCGAAGUCUCGCCCACCACGAUGACCUCUCCCAUGUCACCCCACUUCACAGCCACAGAAAGACAGGCCUUCCCUCCCUGGCCUGAGCGGCUUAACAACAACGUGGAGGAGCUCCUUCAAUCCUCCUUGUCCCUGGGAGGCCAGGAGCAAACCUCGGACCACAAGCAGGAGCAAGGAGUAGAUCACAAGCAGGAGCAGACACAAGAACACAAGCAGGAGGAGGCACAAGAACAAGAAGAGCAAGAGGAGGAACAAGAGGAGGAGAUGAAGCAGGAAGAAGGACAGGGGACAGAGGAGGCCCUGGAGGGGAUGUCUGGGCUGCAGGCAGAUGCAGAGACCCAGUUCCACUCUGACUCUUUAUCCUCUAACCCUUCCUCUUUCACUCCCCGAGUACGGGAAGUGGAGUCCACUCCUAUGAUGAUGGAGAACAUCCAGGAGCUCAUUCGGUCAGCCCAGGAAAUGGAUGAAAUGAAUGAAAUGUAUGAUGAGGACUCCUACUGGAGAAACCAAAAUCCUGGCAGCCUCCUGCAGCUGCCUCACAUGGAAGCUAUGUUGGUGCUCUGCUAUUCAAUUGUGGAGAACACCUGCGUCAUUACCCCCACUGCCAAGGCCUGGAAGUACAUAGAGGAGGAGAUCCUUGGUUUCGGGAAGUCGGUCUGUGACAACCUUGGGCGGCGACAUAUAUCGACCUGUGCCCUCUGUGGCUUCUGCUCCCUGAAGCUGGAGCAGUGCCACUCAGAGGCCAACCUGCAGCGGCAGCCAUGUGACAACUCCCACAAGACACCCUUUGUCAGUCCCUUGCUCACCUCCCAGAGCCUAUCCGUUGGCACCCAGAUAGGGUCCUUAGAACUGGGCCGCUUUUACGGGCUGGAUUUGUAUGGUGGGCUCCGCAUGGACUUCUGGUGUGCCCGGCUUGCCACAAAGGGCUGUGAAGAUGAUCGAGUCUCUGGUUGGCUCCAGACUGAAUUUCUGAGCUUCCAGGAUGGGGAUUUCCCCACCAAGAUUUGUGACACAGACUAUAUCCAGUACCCGAACUACUGUUCCUUCAAAAGCCAGCAGUGUCUGAUGAGGAACCGGAAUAGGAAGGUGUCCCGCAUGAGGUGUCUGCAGAACGAGACUUACAGUGUGUUGACCGCUAGCAAAAGUGAGGACGUCGUCCUGAGAUGGAGCCAGGAAUUUAGUACCUUGACCCUGGGCCAGUUCGGAUGAGCUAGAGUCCAUUCUGUCCCCACCCCAGCCCGACCUCUCCACAUUCUCCAUUGCUGUUAGCUCCUAACUGUCAGUUUGCUUCCAGUCUGCCCCAGGUCUUUACCUGGCCCCAACUCUCAUUUUCCUAGGGUUGGGGCAACAGCCCCAUAAAGCGCCAUCAUGAGAGCUCCACCCUUCUUAUAAGAUGUCUUUACAUAAAGUAUUUAUUUUCA